AUGGGGCUCCAGCGCUACGUCGGCUUGGCGAUUUUUCUCUUAGUCGUCACCGCCAGCGUCGCGACCACGACGGCGCAAAUCCCGAAGGGAGGACCCGCGGCGUGCCCGUUGCCCAAUCCCGACGAUGCUCAGGCUCUCGGGACUCUCACUGUGAUUCUGACCGCGUCGCUGAACGGAUCCUCCAACUUGAAUGGGUUUGCGGGCGACGUCAACGCCUCCGGUCAAGCCUGCCUCGGCGUCUACGAGUUGGACGGCGACUACAAUAUCGUUUACAACAUCGUCGCCUCUACCCCCGAAGCGGGCGAGCCCGCCUUCGCCGGCAUUGCGAAAGACGUGGGGCAGGAGAGAACCGUCGCCGCUUUUUACUCCCCCCCAGGGAUCGAUGGCCCGUGGGUGAAUCUCACUCGUUCACCACCCUCCACGGCAAACCAGGGCAGGAAGGGCCUUGGCGAGGCACCCGCGUUCCCUUCAACGUACACCUAUGCCCUUAACGGAACGUGGCUUAAAGCGAGUACGCUGACCACGUUCCAGGGGCAGACUUACAAGCAGCUGGUGGAUUUGAUUGUGGCAGGACCGGAUGGGUACUGCACUGGGUUUGGGACAGCAGCUUUCCAGGCGGGAGCAGCCAUGGGUCUGUUUCAGGUUCAGCCUGUUGCUGGCAAAGCCUAA